UUUGCACUAACCGUAAAUAGAGGUGAGUUGCUUUACACGUGUCUUAUUUUCCUUGAACACGAGACUGCUUUUAAAAUCGCUUUUAAGUAAAGUUUGAAAGGAAGUGAGUCCGUCUCGUAUGUGGUCCGGAUAGGAACGUAACUCCGACGGGCUGGAGGUCGCGUAAUCUAAGUAAGAUGCCUGGAUCAGCUGCAGUCAAAUGUUUGGGUCCAUGGCCCAGUGAUGUUGGUAUCAUUGCCAUGGAGCUGUACUUCCCCUCUCAGUAUGUUGAACAGGCUGAAAUGGAGCAUUUUGAUGGUGUUUCAGCUGGUAAAUACACUGUGGGCCUGGGCCAAGCUUGUAUGGGUUUCUGCUCAGACCGUGAGGACAUUAAUUCCUUGUGCCUGACGGUGGUCCAGAGGCUGAUGGAGAAAAACGGCCUGUCCUACAACAGUGUGGGACGACUGGAGGUCGGCACUGAAACCAUUAUAGACAAGUCAAAGUCUGUCAAGACUGUCAUCAUGCAGCUGUUUGAAGAGUCUGGCAAUACUGAUGUGGAGGGUAUUGACACUACCAAUGCCUGCUAUGGUGGCACUGCAGCCCUCUUCAAUGCUGUCAAUUGGGUGGAGUCCAGCUCAUGGGAUGGGCGUUAUGCUUUGGUGGUAGCAGGAGAUAUUGCCGUUUACGCCUCUGGAAAUGCCCGGCCCACAGGAGGAGCAGGUGCAGUGGCAAUGUUGGUUGGACCCAAUGCUCCGUUGGCAUUUGAACGAGGUCUACGAGGAACCCAUAUGCAGCAUGCCUAUGACUUCUACAAGCCAGACAUGAUGUCAGAGUACCCCGUGGUGGAUGGCAAACUAUCCAUUGAGUGCUACCUGAGUGCCUUAGACCGCUGUUACUCUGUCUACCGGAACAAGAUCCAUGCCCAAUGGCAAAGAGAGGGUUUAGAGAAGCGCUUCAGCUUGGAGGAUUUUGGUUACAUUGUCUUCCACUCUCCAUACUGCAAACUAGUGCAGAAGUCUUUGGCUAGACUGAUGCUGAAUGACUUCCUCCACCACCCAACCGGUGAGAACGGACGCUUCACGGGCCUCGAUGCCUUCAGAGAUGUGAAACCAGAGGAGACUUACUUUGACCGGGAUGUGGAAAAAGCUUUCAUGACAGCCAGUAAAAAUCUAUUUGAGAAGAAAACCAAAUCCUCCCUGCUGGUCUCAAAUCAGAACGGAAACAUGUACACCCCCUCUGUCUACGGCUGCCUGGCAUCCAUCAUCGCUCAACAUUCAGCGUUGCAGCUGGCGGGUCAGAGGAUUGGCGUUUUCUCUUAUGGUUCAGGAUUUGCUGCCACUCUAUAUUCUCUCAGAGUGACCCAGGACCACACACCCGGCUCUGCUCUAGAUAAACUUGUGUCCAGCCUCUGUGAACUAAAAACCAGACUGGACUCAAGGAAAAAGGUUUCUCCUGAGGUCUUUACUGAGAUCAUGAAGCUGAGAGAGGAGACCCACCACUUAGCCGGUUACGUCCCUCAAGGCUCAGUGGAGGAUCUGUUCCCGGGUACAUGGUACCUAACACGAGUGGAUGACAAACACCGUAGGGAGUACGCCAGGCGACCUGUGCACGAGGAUCUGCCCGCAGAGCCUGAGCUGAUUGGCUGCAGCAAUGGCCCUCAGCACGUCCCCAGCCCCGUGAAGAAGAUGCCACGCCUCCCUGCAGCCUCCGAUGAUCUGGAGUCUGUCGGUAACUGAGGGCACACGUGCACGUCCUCGUGCACGUUUGGUAACUGGAAAAACACGGAGGAUGGUGCAGCUCCAACAUCACAGUUUAUUACAUUUGGCUUUGUUACUUCGGUGCGGAGUUAUUGACGUGUUCCAGCGGCGGCCUGUUCUGCUCCCUUCCCAUCAUUCCGUCUUCUCCCAUGUGAUUAAUUUUGUUUUCCUGCUUUAUCCAAGAGGAACACACACACACACACACACACACACACCUCCUCGACAUAGUCGUGUUAUUUUUUUAAUAAUCAUUUUUCUCCGUAGUUCCAUGUGUUUUCUUUUCCUUGUGCAUAAAGACGGAAUUUUUUGGAGCAGUGCAGCAGACGAUGUUUUUAAUGAACUGAUUUCCAGUCAGUGGGCUGCAGCUGUUUGUGCACUAAAAAAUUUAAAAUAGUGCUGUUGUCAUGGCAACCCACCGUGACCCCUUCAUGUAUCACGGUACUAAUUCACUUUGUGCACGCUUUGUGUCUGAUACCUCAGUUUGGCUCAAGAUGGGAAAAGAUUCACUAAGUUUCACUCGUAACUCUGCGAGUUCAGAUGAUCGUGUGACCACAAACUCAGGAACAGUGUGACUUAAAGUCAAAUCAACCCAUUUCUUCAUUGAUAGCCAGGCAAUGCAUAACAUAUUGAUGAUUGAUUAUUCAGAGCCAGAGAAAAUACAGUCAAGUCCAUACGUUUUUGGACAGUGACGGAUUUUUGUGA